AUGAACGCUCUCGUGGUCUUCGCCGGUCUUAUUGCCUGUGCUUACGCCGGUGGCUUUGGAGGCGGCUACGGCGGGGGAUAUGGCGGAGGUUUUGGACAUGGCGGUGGCUUUGGGGGAUAUGGUGGUGGACUCGGUGGUGGACUCGGUGGAUUCGGCGGUGGCUACGGCCACGGUGGUGGCCAUGCUGUAGCUGUUCCAGUUACCAAGGUGUCCUACGUCAAGAAGCCCAUUGUCAGCGUUGGCUAUGUCACCAAGCCAGUAGUCAGCUUCGUCAAGCAGCCGGUCACUACCGUAUCUCACGUUGUUAAGCCCGUCGUUUCUGUCGGGACUGCACUUGUUUCUGGAGGCCACGGCGGAGGAUUUGGAGGUGGAUUCGGUGGAGGUUUCGGAGGUGGCUACGGAGGUGGCUACGGAGGCGGCUAUGGUGGUGGAUUUGGAGGCCACGGCGGCGGACUUGGCGGUUUCGGAGGUGGAUACGGAAAAGGCUGGUAG